AGAUCUUGUACUAACGCCAAACUAAAGUUCAGUUUAGAAGUUUAGAAUAGUUUAUGGUUGCCAUUUUGUUUUGCGAAAACGACGCUCGCUUGCUUUUCUUGCUUUUGUUCGUGAAUGAGUGUAUUCAAAAGUAAAGUUUUGUGAAUAAAACCACGGAUGUGUAUAUAAACAAUCGCUGACAUAAGAUGAAUUCGACAAUAUCCGAUGAUUUAUCCCGUGAACAUUUAUCGUUAGAAGCUGUAAAGUGUAUAAAAAAUAUAUCUUCGAACAGCCAGGCAGUUACGUUACUGCACAAGGAACUGUUAGAAAUAAAUCUCUCGAUAAUUACGUACAUUGAGGAAAGCAAGCAGCGACUUGCAAGGCUACGCAUGAGCUUGGCGCAUGACGCGAAGAGUUCUCAUAGAGUUGUAGAAAUAUUAUCUGAUAAAUAAAAUGUCAUCACCAGCCACACCUCAUAAGCGUACCAGUCAAGUAAAACUAAUGAAGGCAUCUCAUGAAACCAACAACAAUACGAGCAACAAAUUCUGUGAACGUCAACAAGCUAGAACAUUUAUCAGCUGGUACAAACGCAUGAUAGAUAAUGAACGGUACAACUUAGCACUGUACUUAUCUGACGAUGCUAUGCUUGAAUGGUUCGGACGGACCAUUAAAACAAGAAAAAAAGUUACAGCCUUCCUAAAAUAUGAUAUGCAAUGUUCACGCCAUGAUUUCACUACAGUUGAAAGUAUAAAUAAGAUUCAAACGAGGCAUGAGAGAGUGCAAAGGAAAGAUGACUCAGUCCUGGCUAGUCUACUGCACUCCCCUGAAAUCAUAAGAACAAAAGACAGAUGUCACAAAAGGAGGCUGCUCAGGUCCAACUGCAACAGCCCAGAGUGGGCUGAGGGUUGCCAGCCUCAAGAUGAAAUUAGCAUAGACAAGAAUCAAAAGACUGACAAAAGUGGGCCUGAUGUAGAAAAUAUUAAUGAACUAGAUCACAACACAUUGAAAAGAUCAUUCCCAGACGAUGAUUCAGAUAUAAGCAGCAAAGGCGAUGGCUUACGUAAGGUGAAGAGGAAGUGUGUGCCGGUCACACCUCCCAACAAUGAAGUCGGACAAGGGGACUGUCUUCCUUCCACAAGUGGAACAGAUUCAGGCAGGUCACAUGAUACACUUAAUGCCCAGUUGCCAAAAUUAGCUGUUGAGUGUAACGGCUACAUAGAGUUCACUAGAACAAGGAACAGUCGAAGUACUGAUGCUAUGAAAUGGGAAAGGAAGUGUAAAGUACAAAUAAGUUACUCAGAAGAUCCUUUGAAUGUUGGUGAGUAUAUAAUUUGGGCAUUACAGUAUACAGAUGACAGUAAGUGUAGAAGGAACCUGCUGGCUGCUUUUGAGGAGGUUGCUAAAGAAGAGGAACUUAAGAAAGUUUAGAAAUAGGAUUUAUUAAUUUUACUGUCGAAUUUAUUAGAAGCAAUAUGUUGCCAGUUUGUAAAUUGUUAUGAAAUAGUUUCUACUAUUUGUUAUUGUAUUGUAUAAGGGCACUAGGAAUAAUUUUAUUACUGCCAUUUCAUGUUUUUCUUUCAUUGAUUGCAUGAAAAUUAUUCUUAUUAUCCUUCCAGUGACCAAACUUUAUAAUUUAAGCACACAAAAUGCAUGAUUCUUGUAUUGGUAGAGGCUACCUAUCCAUUUACUUACAUAAAUAUUUAUAGAACAAACGAAUUUGACAGUAAAAUUACCCAUUAGAUGAAAGCAAUUUAUACUAUUGAUAACCAUGUGAUAUAAAGAAGAUAUUGUAUUUUUCUAUGUUAAAGCAUUUAUUUUUUUGUAUGUUUACAAUGUGACCAACUGUACCUCUUGACGAUAUGAAUUUGUAUGCUAGCAAUGAUUUUUAAUGUUUUACUGCUGUAUUCUAACUACCAAAGUUUUACUUUAUCCAACUACUAGGUAAGGCGAGUGAAUAUAAUAUAGAUGUGUUUUGCGCGCCGAAAAAUCAUCCCUCAUAUGGGGUUUACUACCAUGUAGUAACUUUUUAUUUCUUUAAAAUCUUAGAAUCUUGUAACCUUCGAUUUUAGAGAUUAAAAUCCAAGUUUUAUACUUAGGUAUCAAAUUAUGUAACUUUUCGUUAAUACUUUUCAUUUCUUGAAUAUUCUGUUUGCAAAAAAAUUAUUUCUUCUUAGCUUUGUAAAGCCAAAAAACCAUCAGUUUCGAUGAGAAUAAAUUUGUGAUUAGUUCAGUUUCGUGCCAUUUCGGCAAUCGUGCGACAAAAGUCUGAAUAUGAACGUGCGACAGCUGACCGCGUCUAUCGCAUGCAGACGCGCGCCAUCGGUCAGUGGGUCAGUCACCUCUGAAAUAACGCCAUACAUAAAUUCCCAUAUUCUGUCGCAUUACGCGUGGCAUGAUUUUGAACCUUAGACUUGAUACACACCAUUUUCUUUAUUGAAUUUAGCAAACAUUUCGCCCAGACUCUAUUAAAAGAAGAGCGGAUUUUUUGUUCCAGAAAUUCUAUUGGUAGUGUAAAACUGCUUUACUCCAUUCCGCUUUGGUGGAGUCUGGUCUUUGUGAUGUUUUAAUUCUACCAAAAUGGUCGUUAUCGACUUCUAAUAAAAGUCACAAUUAUUCUGUUUUAUCUUAAUUGACGGUUUUAUUGCCUUAAUACGAUCUCUGUCUAUUCCACUAUUCUUUUACCACCGACUUGUAGCUUCUAUUCAUUAGGAAUAGUUAUUAAUUAUAAUUACGAAAAUUAGCUUAGAAAUAGAACUUAUUUUAAAAUUGUGACUUGCAUGUUGUUUCAUUUACGAAAAUCGUAAAAAAAUAUAUUUCUGUCGGCCGCCUUUUUACAAAAUGUCUGUCGGUUGUGAAUUUGUAAUGUGAUCCAGUAAAACUAUACUGAUAGUGACGCAAAAUUGGAUUACUUAAUUCACUCUAUGGUACCUAGUUUGUCAUAAAGUCAAUUACACUCACAAAAUGUUUUAAUUAGCUUGACCAAUCAUGGUAAUUAGGUUAAUAUUCGCGUAUGGAUAGUACAGGAGUUGCAAACAACUGCUAUUUCUUUAUUUUAUGUUUUGGCUUAAGGAAUUGGGCAAAUGGAUUGUAAAUGAGAUUGCCAAUUGUAUGUUGUUAGUUUUAACUACUUUAAGUUUUAUGUUGUUAACUCAUUACUUGUGAAGUAAUGGCGAUGGGAAUUAUUUUUGUUUUGAUUAUGCUAGAGAUGUAUAAGGUAAAUAAAACUUGUUUAGAAAUA